AUGGAGGCAAAAUCCAAGCCUACGGAGGAGCCGCAGCCCAUCACCGCGGACAUGGCGCGCGGCCCCGAGUCAGGGUCCGAGACCAAAGACCAGGAUCUCCAGGACGUAAAAACGGAGGAGGGGACCGAUGCAACCCCCAAUAAGCGUACCGAGCUGUGUGAGCGCCUGGCAUACUAUGGACUAUCGACGAACAUCGUCAUGUAUCUCACCAACAAGCUCAACCUGACCAACUCUGACGCAGCUCAAUCGGUCUCCGCCUGGAUUGGUACCUGCUAUGUGACGCCCAUCGUCGGUGCCUGGCUGGCAGACACCUACACGGGACGCUUCUGGACGAUCCUGAGUUUCUGCAGCGUGUACCUGGUGGGCCUGGUCGGCCUGACGGUGUCCGCGGGGGUCCCCUCUCUCACCCCACCUGACGGCGUGGCCCCCAGCAGCUACCAGACGGGCUUCUUCUGGGCCUUCAUGUAUCUGGUCUCCAUCGGCACGGGCGGCAUCAAGCCCUGCGUCUCCGUGUUUGGCGCCGACCAGUUUGACGAGGGCAACCCCGAGGAGCUGGCCCUCAUCCCACGCUUCUACAACUGGUUCUACGCCUUUGUCAACAUCGGCAGCUUUUUUGCCAGCACGCUCGUGGUCUGGGUCCAGACCGACGUCAGCUGGAUGAUCGGCUUCCUGAUCCCUACCAUCUCCUUUGCCAUCGCCAUCAUCUGCUUCGUAUCAGGGUCCAGGUGGUACCGUCGCUGCCCGCCCGGUGGCAGCCCCAUCAACCGCUGGUUCCGCGUCCUCGCCGGCGCCUGCGCCCAUUGGAGGGCCGAAGUGCCCGACGAUGCCCGCCUGCUGCACGAGGUGGACACGCCCAUGAGCAUCGUCCCUGGCCAGACCAAGAUGAUCCACACGCCCGACUUCCGUUGGCUGGACAAGGCGGCCACGGCGACUGAGGCCCCCGGCGUGCGGGAUCGCUGGCUGGUGACCGUCACGGAGGUGGAGGAGCUGAAGUGUGUGGUGCGCCUGAUCCCUUUCAUGGUGAUCCUCGCCGUCUACUUUGCAACCUAUGCCCAGAUGUCCACCCUCUUCGUCCUGCAAGGCUCCGCCAUGAACCGCCACCUGGGCUCCUGGGCGGUGCCCCCCGCCAUCAUCUCCACCCUGGACAUCAUCUCUGUCCUCAUCUGGGUCCCCAUCUACGACCUGGUCAUCGACCCCUACUUCAAGCGCAUCGGCCGCCCCAUCUCCCGCCUCCUGCGCAUGGGCAUCGGCUUUGGCAUCGCCAUCAUGUCCAUGGUCUUUGCCGCGCUGGUGGAGGUGUUCCGCCUCAAGGCGGUCAGGGCCAACAACCUGCAGAACGUGGAUCCCAGCGACAACUCGGUGCCCAUGUCGGUGUGGUGGCAGGUCCCGCAGUACUUUGCCGUGGGCAUGGCCGAGGUGUUUGCCUCCGUCGGGGCGCUGGAGUUCUUCUACUCCCAGUCCCCAGAGGCGAUGCGCUCCAUGGCCUCUGCACUCAACCUCAUCGCCAUAGCGAUGGGAAGCUACCUCUCCACAGGCCUGGUUGCCAUCGUUGCCGCCAUCACCACCAAGAAUGGAGCUCCCGGCUGGGUGGCGAACAAUCUCAACCAAGGCCACCUGGACUACUUCUUUGCAAUGCUGGCCGUGCUCAUGUGCAUCGCGAUCCUGGUCUACAUCCCGAUUUGCUACAAUUAUCGCUACCGCCAAGACCCCUCCGUCGGCCUCGCCCUGGCAUCCACCGAGGACAUGGAGCGGGCGCUCGGACGUGCUUCAGUGGGGGCUCCCAAUCUGACGCUCAUCUCUUCACGCAUCAACGUCUCCCGUGAACUAAAGAGGACCUCCGCCGUCCCCGCACUUCAUGCGCACGAGAUAUCCUACAAGUCCCUCCGUCUCCAGGACUGA